AUAGGUCCCCUGGGCUCUACCGGAAAGGGCCUGACGUCGCCUCUCUACGUUGCGCUCUUGUUUGAAUCGCUAAAAUAAGCUACAGCUGUCUUACCUACAGCUUUAUUAACCGCAAAAAACAUAGCACUGGUAAUCUUACUAUCCUUGCCAAGAAAUGGUUCUGGGGGAAGGUCAUCAAAGGUUUAUCCAGACCAUGAUGAUCAGGGGUAUCGUAAACGAACAGGAGGCCAAGACGCUCCAUCAACACUGCUGUGAGGUCCACAAAGUUACAAUGAGCUGUGUCUACCAGCAGUCCUAAGAGCAGGAAGAAUGAGAACAUUACAAGAAGAACCUCAACGAAACCAAGAGCACUAUGUUGCCGACAAACUCGAAGAGUUCAUCCAGGUGGUCAACUCUAAGCUGGAGGCCUUGAAUAUGCAGAUCAGGACGCGUGCUUCAGAGGACAACGGCAUGACAUGCUACGCUCUGGUCAAUACAGCAAACAACGAACUCACCAGGAUGUCAUCCGACUACGCGGACAAUGAGUUGGAACUAUUCAGGCGAACGAUGGACCUGAUAAUGUCUUCGGACGACAGCACAGCUUCCUCCACAGACAUCCUGAACAUGGCAGACAGUCUACAGACCCGGAAGCUGACAAAGAGCGCUGCAGAGUGCCUGCUGAAACGCAUGGUGUCCGAUAACUGGCUUGUAGAGAAACAAGGAGACUACAGCCUGUCGACGCGGUGCGUCAUGGACAUGGAGCCAUACAUACGGACCAUGUAUGACGAAGAGCAGGUGAAGGUGUGCGCCGUGUGCCACUGUCUGGCCUUCAAGUACCAGAUAUGUGCAAACCCUCUGUGUACUGUAAAGAUCCACAACCCAUGUGCCGAGAAAUACUUCAAGAAGAAAGCGGUGCAGAGAUGUCCGGGAUGCAGUGAGCUUUGGCCUAAUAAAGUCAGAGCAGAGUGCCGACAAUCUCUCUCUCAGCGUCAAAGAUGAAGGCUGGUUUCCUUUGGUAACAAUAAUUAACGAAUGAGUUUCAGUUUCAGUUUCUUCUUCCAAAGGCUUGUCUUUUUUUACCUUGAUAUUAAACAUUUCUCUUGGA